AACAGCUGAUUCUUCCAGUGUUCAUUCAAAAGAAAAGAACUGCAUGGUAUCAGAGGUUGUCAAGUUGAUUUCCGUAAGCAGACAGGGUGCAGAUUACGAUGGGGUUGUGGCAACGUUGCAUACCAAUAUUGCUUCUUGCAUCGGUGUUGCUUUCAACAUGCCAACUGUUAGUUAAGGCAGAAUCCCGUUUCUGCGAAGGAACAAAGAAGGUUAAACAAGAAGUGACUGAACGCAGUUUAUUGCCCUGUGUUGACCUCCGUGACCCCAAGGUCAAAGGUGAAGGGUGGAUUCUGGACAAGGACACACAGCCUUAUGAGGUGGAUGGUGUAACUCUCUGCCCUGUGUUGAGAUCUGGUCUGAAAGAGAGCAUUGUGCCAACGGUUGAAUGCUGCACUGGCUACCAAGGCCCUCUGUGUGAUGAAGCUGUCUGUACCCUUGGUUGUGCUAAUGGUGGGACCUGUGUAGCACCAGAACAGUGUGCCUGUCCGGCUGGCUUCCAGGGAUCCAGAUGUCAGUACUUCAUAGAUGUUCUGUCAGGAGCAAUGAAGGAGCAGCUUUUUAGUAUCAAUAAAAGAAGUGGAAAUGAUGUAAACAAUGGUGAUGAGAUGGAUGAUGAUAAUGAUGAAUCUUCAACACAUUCUUCCAAGGAAUCAAAGGAAAAGAGUGAUUCAAAAGAGUCCUCAAGACAUCACUCCAAAGAAUCAGAGGAAAGCGAAAGUGGUUCCCAAGAAUCCUCAAGACAUUCCUCCAAGGAAUCUAAGGAAAAGAGUGAUUUAAAAGAAUCCUCAAGACAUCAGUCCAAAGAAUCAAAGGAGAGCAAAAGAAUCAAAGGAAAAGAGUAA